AUGGCGUCUAGAUCGAGGGGUGAUGUGGGUCUCAUGGAGACGUUUCACGGCGGUGGUGGUGUUGAACGAAGGUGGAGGCGAUGGACGUUGGAGGUGAUGAUGGAUUGCUUGGAGAAAAUUUUCUUAAAUCCAAAUGCGCCGGAAGGUGUAAAUGACGAGUUUGUGUACGAAGAGCUCGAUGACGAAUUUGAAUCCCCAGAUGUCCGUGAUGAAUUUGAUUACGAUCACGAUGUUUUUUAUAACAAGGAGGUGUUUGACACACACAUAGAUUUGGUAGACUGGGCUCAAAGAACGGCAAAGGAGCUUGGUUAUGUGUUAGUAACACGAAGAUCAAAUGUCACAAAAGGCGGAGAAGUUAAAAAGGUGGUCCUUAUUUGCAACCGUGGUGGAAAAAAAGAUAAGCGGUCAACCGGGGCACCCAAAGGGAGUACCAAAAUUGACUGUCCAUUCAAAUUGGUAGGCCGUCUGACAAAGGACCAUAGUUGGUGGGUUGAAGUUAUAGAUCACCGACAUAACCAUCCAUCAGCUUGUAAUUUGGAAGGUAUUGCGUACGCAAGACGACUAACCGAUGUUCAAAAAGAAUUUGUGGACGAAAAGGCGUUGCUAGGUUUUGGGCCAAAUAGCAUAAGGGACCAAUUGAAGGAUGCAUUUCCCGGUAUCUUGACCCGUUCACAAGACAUUUCUAACUACCUGCAGCAACACCGGCUAAAGCACGCCCAACAACGAGGGGAAACUCGAAUGCAGAUCGUGCUCCAAUUACUAUCUGACCAUCAGUACACGUAUCAGUACACGACGGAUAGCAAAACCGGAUGUUUGACCAAUCUCUUUUUCGUACAUCCUACAUCACUUGACAUAUGGCGUGCAUUUCCUUGGAUCAUUGAAAUAGACGCCACGUAUAAAACCAACGUUUACAACAUGCCGCUUGUUGAGAUUGUGGGUGUCACUCCAACUGGCAAGACAUUCAGCAUUGCGCACGCACUUAUUGAAAAUGAGCAACAUGCGACAUACACAUGGGUGUUACAGUGCUUGAGGUCGACGCUCGAAGAAGGGUUCGUCGUGCGUGUGGCACUCACUGAUCGGGAUCUGGCCCUCAUGAAAGCGGUUAAGGAUGUGAUGCCGGAAACGAAGCUGAUACUGUGUAGAAUACACAUUUGGAGGAAUAUUGAGUUACAUGCCAACCCAUCGUUUGGGUCAAAAAAGAUUAUGGUUCGUUUAGACACCGGUGGGAUCAACUCGUAA